CCAACUUUGAGACCGACCUGUUACAACAGAGAGAAAUUUUCUCAACGCGCGUUUGGUUUUCGAGAAAGUGUUUUUCUCCGCUGGGAAAACUUUUUAACACCUUAUAUAAAUAAUUUUUCUCGAGAAAAAGGAAGAGAAAAGCAAACCCUAAUCCCCUUUCUUCUGAUUUGAAGAAUAACGGCUUCAUUCUUCGAUCUUUUUUAAAGCCGUCCCCGCCUCCACCUCCGCCUUCGCCUCUUCCCCGGCGAUCAUAUAUCGAGCCAAUUCAUUCACUCAGGAAUGGACCAGUAUGACUUUCAAGGACAGAGAAAGGAGAUGAAGCAUAAAGGAAGAAAUGUUGUGUGGUCAAUAGCAAUGGACAAGUGUCUAAUUGAAGCUCUUGCAGUUCAGGCUAGAACUGGAAAUAAAAUUGACAAAUGCUUUAAUGAGAAUGCAUACUCUGCUGCCUGUUAUGCAGUGAACUCUCGUUUUAAUUUGAACUUGAAUAAUCAAAAAGUUGUUAAUCGUCUAAAGACAAUUAAAAAAAGAUAUAAGGUAAUGAGGGAUUUGCUCAGUCAAGAUGGAUUUCGCUGGAACCCAAAUACGAAGAUGAUCGAAUGUGAAGACGAUAAUCUAUGGAAGCGAUACCUUGCGGCACACCCUGAUGCAAGAGGAUUUAGAGGAAAGCAAAUUGAGAUGUAUGAUGAGCUAAAAAUUGUUUGUGGAAAUUAUCAAGCACCUAGUCGGUGGGCCAAGACUAAGGAUGGGAGCCAUCCAACUGAGAUUAAGAACUGUGAAGAUGAUUCUGCAUCAUUCCUUUCACCAAGUACUGAAGAUGUAAGUGAUACAGAUGGAACAGAAUCAUAUACUGGAUCCCCAGAGUAUAUGCAAGAUGGUAGUCAAGAUCCUCCUCUUGUACCACCUCUGAGACAACUUCCAAAACGAGCCCGUGGCUCAGAGGCCCUUCAGGAUGCCAUGUUGGCUGUUGCAUCUAGCAUGCGACGCUUAGCUGAUGCCUUGGAACGUAGUAAAACUGCAAUCAAUGCCUCAGAACUGUUGGAGGCUGUGAUGGAUAUCGAUGGUCUGGAAGAGGCAAAACAGAUGUAUGCUUUUGAGUAUUUGAACGCAGAUCCUAUUAAAGCCAGAGCCUUCAUGACAUACAAUGCUCGAAUGAGAAAGAUAUAUUUAUUUCGACAGUUUUGGUGGUGGAAAUGACUAGGGUCUUGGGAUAUCUUGGUAGAUAGAUUUAUAAAAUCACUGGAAUACUUCAUCGGCAAAUGUUUACACAUUAAACGUAUUUAUUUGUGAUGUUUGUAGGUGAAUGUGUAGAUAUUAGAUGUUCUCAAGGUUAGCAUUUAUGGCUAGAAUUCGAUGACGCAGAGAAAAUGUUUCCAGAAGACAUUUCCAGCCUAUGUUCCAAAGUGAAGCUAGUUGUAGAUGUAAGGUCAUCAUCUUCAUUUCUUAAUUUUCUCUAUGUUUUCUUGCAACAAUGUACUUGUGGACAUUCAUCUUGUGGCUCCCUAGUAUGAAAUUGCAUGUGCAUGGGGCUGCUGCCUACUGUUUUCAGUUAGCUUCUUGUCCAAUCCUUCCAUUGUUUUCAUAAUUGAAGCCUUUGUUUAUGUUUAGUACAAUGACAUUAUCUGUUUUCUUGCAAGCAUCAAGUGAAUACAAUCCUUCUUUAUUCAUGGUCAA